AUGUCCCAACCACAAUGGGUUCUUACCCAAAAGAAAACAUUUACUAAAUGGGCAAAUGUCCAAUUAAGUGGAGCAUAUGUUAUAAAUGAUGUUGAGACAGAUUUAAAUGAUGGAUUAAUCUUAAUAUCAUUAUUUGAAGCUUUAAGAAAACAAAAAGUACAAUUCAGAUAUAACAAGAAACCAAAGAUGAGAGUAGCUAAAUUAGAAAAUACAGAACAAGCAUUAAAUUUCAUUAAAGCUGACGGAGUUAAAUUAGUUAAUAUUGAUGCUCAAAAUAUUGUUGAUGGAAAUUUGACACUUAUUCUUGGACUUCUUUGGACACUUAUUCUUAAAUACCAAAUUGCUCAAAAUAAAAUGGAUGCAUCAAAGAAUGCAUUACUUGAAUGGGUUAACUCUAAAUUAACAUCAAGAAAAAUUAAAAACUUUUCAAAUGAUUGGAAUACAGGGGAUGUAUUAAAUGAAUUAAUUCAUGCUCUUGAACCAGAUUUUAUUGAUUUGGCUGAUUCAGCUUCAAAAGGAGAAGGAGAAGAAAGAAUUCAAUAUGGAUUAAGUAUUGCAGAAGAUAAAAUGGAAAUUCCAGCUAUUAUUGCAGCAGAAGAUAUGGCACUUCCAGAACCUGAUGAAUUAUCUGUUAUGGCAUAUGUUUCUUAUUUCAGACAUUAUGAAGCUGAAAAAGAAAAGAGAUUAGGAGAGGCUGAAAGACUUGCACGUGAAGCAGAAUUAAUGAGAACACCAGAUCCAUCAAAAUGUGUUAUGUCAGGACCUGGACUUAAAACAGGAGAAGUUCUUGUACCACAAGAAUUUACUGUUACAGCUAAGAAUUGUAAAGGAGAUCAAAUUACACAAGGAGGAGUUACUUGGAAUGCACAUGUUUUUGAUCCUGAAGGAAAUGAAAUUCCAAUUGAACAAAAGAUAAUGGGGAUGGAACAUAUGAUAUGA